UCAUCUCAAAAAAAUGAAACAUCAAAAUGGGAAAAACAUUCUAGCUGUGUAGUUGGUAAACAAGACCAUAGGAUAUUCAAAUGGCUUUGCCGGAAACAUGUUCAUAGACGAUAACGUUACGUAGACUCCUUACUCUACCUAGUUAGCUAGCUAGUUUGUUAGCUUUUACACAGCCACAGUAAACGCAACAAUGUUGUUUCUUCGGUUCCUGGCGGUGGCAGGUGUUUCCCUCUUGCAGCCAGGCUUAGCUGAAGGCUCGGAUAGCAAAGGAUGGGCAGGCAGAGGAAGAGGGUGGUGACCGGGGAGGCUGACCCACCUCCCACGAGGAAAGACGAGAAGCCUGCUGCCCUGUUCCGCAAAGAAAAGAAAAAGAAACUCGACAUAGGCAAAAUCUUCAUCAACAUUUCCAUCGGCCUCUGCAUCUUCAGUCUUAUCUGGUUUUUCUACGCCCUUUACAUGAGGUCCUUGCUUGCCAAACGAGUUGUGACUUUGCACCAGUCACCUCGCGUCCUUGAUGCCAACAGCACAAGCGCCAAAGUGUCCCCUGAGAGGUUUUGGGGCUCCUACCGACCCCAGGUCUACUUUGGGAUGAAAACCAGGAGCCCAAGAUCUGUUGUCACAGGGAUGAUGUGGAUGCGCCAGUUCUCCGAGGUGGACGUGAACCUGAGGCACACUUGCGAGCAGGGCGACCGGCUGCAGGGCUACGGCUGGCUGAUGCACGACGGCCUGAGCUUCGGGGUGCAGGAGAUCCGCGACAACGACUUCACCCUCACCACGGAGUUCGUCAAGCGGCCGGGCGGCGAGCAUGGAGGGGACUGGACCUGGAGGAUCACAGCCAAGCAGCAUAGUUCUGCUCCACAUGCACCAGUCAUUUCCCUGAUGUUCUACGCUGCUGCUGACAUCCAGGGUUCCCUGGAGGCCCACGUGGAAGAGAGAAACCGUCUGGGUUCCAUCACUGGGUUCUCUGAAGAGCUAGGGAACUUCAAGAUCACUUUCCUCAAACCAGUUGCCGGGGAGUCCUCCAGUGCCAAGUAUGCCAGCUACAAUUACCUCCAGACUGUGUCGCCAGGCUUGGAGAUGCUGACGGACAUUGUGAGGAACAGCUUGAAGCGCCGGUUCGUCUACAGUCCCCCCACUGGCGAGAAGAGGCAGUAUAUUGCGGUGGACACCUAUAAGCCUCCGCACCAGCAGAAACCAGCCGACCUCAGAAAGGAGAGCGACUUCGUCCUGCACCAAGUGACUGUCCAGACGCCCUUCCAGAUCGAGGUCCUGUUCGAGUCCGGAAGCUUCCGCAACCGCCCUAACCAGCUUUCGGCCGCGGCCAUGACGGAGGAGCUGGAGAGGCGGAAGGCGGCGUUCGACACUAAGUUCGAGAGGACGUUUGGCCUCCAGGCUAAAGGCUUGGGCCCGGCCCAGGUGAAGUUCAGCAAGGCGGCGUUGAGCAACACGCUAGGCGGAAUGGGCUACUUCUACGGGCAGUCUGUGGUCCAGUCGGCUUACAACGAGUACCCCCUGCUCUAUCCCGAGGGCGCCCUGUACACGGCCGUGCCCUCCCGCUCCUUCUUCCCCCGCGGGUUCCUGUGGGACGAAGGCUUCCACCAGUUGCUGCUAAGCAAGUGGGACCCCCAGGUGACGCGGGAGGUAAUGGCUCACUGGCUGGACCUGAUCAACGUGGAGGGCUGGAUCCCCCGGGAGCAGAUCCUCGGGGAUGAGGCACGUAGCAAGGUCCCCGGCGAGUUUGUGGUCCAGCGUAACGAGAACGCCAACCCGCCCACCCUCUUCCUGGCCCUGCAGACGCUGGCAGAGCAGCUCUCGGCCAGCCCGGACGGCGAGUCGUCUCGGCCGACCCUGCCGUUCCUCCGGAGGCUCUACCCCAGGCUCCAGACGUGGUUUGAGUGGUACAACACCACCCAGACGGGCCCGCUGCCCAAUUCCUACCGCUGGCGGGGCCGCGACAAGGACACCAACCUCUUCCUCAACCCGAAGACUCUGACCUCCGGCUUGGACGACUACCCGCGGGCCUCGCACCCGUCCGCGGAAGAACGCCACGUCGACCUGCACUGCUGGAUGGCCAUGGCGUCGGGCGUCAUGGCCCGGGUGGCCCGUCUGCUCGGAGAGCCCCACUGGGAGUACGAGCGCACCCACGAGACGCUCAGUGACAACGCUCUACUAGAAGACCUCCACUGGUCGGAGCAGCUCCGCGCGUUCAGCGACUACGGCAACCACACCCAGGCGGUGUCCCUGCAGCAGGAGAAGGUGUACGUGCCCCCCGGGCAGCCGAGGCACCAGUUCCCGGUGGCGCGCCUGGUGCGCUCGGUCCGCCGGGCCCCCAAGCCGCAGUUCGUCAAAGCCCUGGGCUACGUCAGCCUGUUCCCGUUCCUGCUGCACGUCCUGACGGCCGACUCGCCCAAACUGGAGCACAUCCUGCGGGACAUGAGGGACGAGGACAAGCUCUGGACGCCCUACGGCCUGCGUUCGCUCUCCAAGGCCGACCCGCUCUACAUGAAGCGCAACACGGAGCACGACGCCCCCUACUGGCGAGGCCCCAUUUGGAUCAACAUCAACUACCUCGCUGUCAGGGCCCUGCACCACUACGGCAACACGGAGGGGCCAUACCGGGAGAAGGCGGCCGCCCUCUAUCAGGAACUCAGGACUAACAUCAUGAACAAUGUGUACAGACAGUACGCGGAGACGGGUUACAUCUGGGAACAGUACAACGACAGCACGGGAAGGGGACAGGGGAGCCACCCGUUCACCGGCUGGUCGGCGCUAACCGUUCUGAUAAUGGCCGAGCAAUACUGACAGAAACACGUGAUCUCGCUUUUUGUAAGAUGUCCUCUUCAAAUGUGCCAUUUUUACUCCCUCCCUCAUUGUUCUUAGCUGGCAUUCUGGUUGAGUGUGGAAAUUCAGAUUUUCUUCAUAUGACUUUCCCAAAUAAGAAAGUGUCUCUGAGAUACACAGGGCCGUGCAUACCUUCCAGAAGACAGGUGCUUUCAUUAUUCAUAGGGCAAUUCACACUUAAAUGCCUCAGUAGUUGAAAAAGAAACAUCCAUCCAUUGGCCUAAGCAAGCUAGUGCCUCACUUUAUUGACAUCAGGAAAAGAGGGCAUGCCUAUCAGCUGAUAAUAGCGGUUGAUGAUUGAUGUAAAUGCUGUCGAAUCUGUUUGUAAGGUCCAACCUUCUGUGAUCUGGUCUCUCAAGUGAAGCACGUUUGGAGACUAGGUGCGCCCGUGUUCCUUCAGCACAGACCAGGAUAUAGACACAACCGUCUGUGUGUGAUCUCUACAGGGCUUACCAACUUGCUCAGGCUGUGUUCAAUACAGCCCCAAAAAGCGCCACCACCCAAAAAGGCAGUUGGCAACUCGGAGAGUGUAUGUACAAGUGUAUAGGCACAUGCUGGCACCUACCAAUGUCUGUUACUGAGACCCCAGAAAAUGUAUUUCUGGAAUAACCCAUUUACUGUUCUGCUUGACUGACAGCAAUUUGUUUUGUUGGCUGAUGCCCUUCAAUAACUAAAUGACCUAAAGAUAAUGGUUUUCGUGUUAGUCUCAUCAUCCAGGCAGUAUCAUAUCCAUAAUACCAACCGAAGGGUUUAUGAACCUUUCAGUCCGACAAUCACACACUUUUGAUCAGUCUCAACUGUUAUCUGUUGAACUAAAUAGGAUAAUCUUUUUAAGAAUGUCUAUAUAUCUGUCUUAAAUAUUCGAUUCUUGGUAACUCAAGGUUCUUUUGGUUUCUGGUUGCUUUUAAUUUGAAGUCCCAUCAGACAAUCUUGUCUGAACCUAUACACUGAGGCAUACAUGCAUUUUCUUUGCCCAAAUGUUACACUGCCCACAUUCUUGUUUAGGUUAAUAAAAGAUGUUUAGCAUUUCCGCCGAUUGAAAGAAGACAUUGUUCACAUCCGUCACAUCUUCAGUUAGGGUAAUAAACACUAUCUCUGCUGAUUUUCUUUUCAGUGUCUGCAGGAAGGAUGUCAGUGUUGCUUGUAUAAAAUGUGAUCUAUGUCUA